GAAGAGGGAAUGAAAUAGGACUUCAUACCGGGAUCAUGGCGGCGCCGCUCGGGCGGGAGACCUUACCUGAGCACUGGUCCUACGGUGUCUGCGGAGAUGGCAGGGUGUUUUUCGUUCACGAUGAAACGAACACAACUGCUUGGCUCCAUCCGAAAACGGGCGAACCUGUCAAUUCCGGACACAUGAUACGGUCAGAUUUACCUCGAGGAUGGGAAGAGGGUUUCACGAACGAAGGGGCCAGCUACUUCAUAAACCAUAACCAGAGGACCACGACGUUCCGGCACCCCGUGACGGGACAGGAGUCUCAGGAGAACGUUGGUUUUAUCCUCCAAGAACAGCCCGGCGGCCGCAUGUCAAACCCCCAGCAAGCCGACCUGCGGCCCUCCAGCACCAUCAGCGAGGCUUCAACCGCCGUCACCACCUCCACCGUGGACACCACCUCGGGGUCAAAGGGCUCCAGGUCCAGUGGGAGGGUGCACAGUUUUGGGAAGCGAGAGCAGUCCAUCAAGAGGAACCCCGACGUCCCCGUGGUGGUGAGAGGAUGGCUCUACAAACAGGACCGCUCUGGAAUGAGGCUUUGGAAGAGGAAGUGGUUUGUGCUGGCUGACUACUGCCUGUUCUACUAUAAAGACAGCAGGGAGGAGUCAGUCCUGGGUAGUAUUCCUCUACCCAGCUACGUCGUCUCAGCCGUGGAGCCCGAGGACCACAUCAGCCGCAAGUACGCCUUCAAGGCCAACCACACGGGCAUGCGCUCGUACAUUUACAACCGGAGCACUGUGAUUGACUCGCAGGCGGAGCACGGCGGCAUGCGGACGUACUUCUUCAGCGCCGACACGCAGGAGGACGUGAACGGCUGGGUGAAGGCCAUGAACCAGGCGGCGCUGAUGCAGAACCAAACCGACAGCCUCAAGAGGCCGUCGGAAACAUCGGAGAAAUCGGAAAUGCCCAACACGUCAGAACGCAAGGGGGUCCCCCAAACCAACCACGUCAACAACUACACAAAGACCUCACGUGAACCCCGAGCCGACCUCCAUCUCCAUAGCGAUGGAGUGGUCCUCGAACCUGCCGAUAUCCGAGAAACCGAGGAGCGCCGUAGCUUCCGGAACGACACACUCAAUCCCAUCACUUCCAAGAUUCCUUCCCUCGGCGGCGGAAGCGUGGAAAUUGAAAUGGACGCCGUCCCUCCUAGCAGUCUCCCUUCCCUUCCCUCCCUACCUCCAGACUCCGCCUCCGCACCCACAUCCGCGCCCCCCUCCAGGGCGCCAUCACGUGCCCCGUCGCGCGGCGCCUUCACCCUGCCCCCCGGGGCCUGUCUGAGGAACGGAACACCCACUCCAGAACCCAACGGGAUGGGGACGGGGACGUACCAGAGGGCCACGCUGGCCCCACAGGUGGUUGACACUCAAAGGCAGGUGCAGAGGAGGAGCGCCCUGGAGCAGGUGGAGCACUGGGUCAAGGUGCAGAAGGCCGAGCACAAAGGCCCCCCCUCGAGAGGGGGCACCCUCCCCCGUCACAGCCCCCCGACUCAGCCCAAGUUCAUCGGCCUGGAGGCCUACCAGACGCUGCCAAAGACCCCUCGCCGCAGCCCCCCCACCGCCGCGCGCCAAGGGGAGUACAAAUACGCACAGGACCGCCUCAGCCACUUCCGACUCGGACCCUCAGACCCCCAGGGUACCUGCGCCAGGGACGGGGGUGGCAUCGGUGGGCCUGGCACCGUGUGGCAGCUCUACGAGUGGCAGCAGCGCCACCAGUUCCGCCACGGCAGUCCCACCGCCCCCCUCUACACACCUGCCCCGGACUACCCCUUCGGGCCCAGGCCCCCCUCCACGGUGCCCCCUUCGGCCCCGCGACCCAGUUCUGAGGUUCCCCGCUGUGUGUCGGUGCCCCCAGACCCCUCCGACAUCCUCCCACCGGGCCCCCAGAGCUCCAGGGCCCUGUCCCCCCCACGGAGGCCCCACACACCCGUUAACCGGGUGGUGGUAAUGCCCCGGGGGGAGAGAGAUGCACUGGACGUGUCGGUGGCUGGGUCCCCCCGAAGAGCCAAGUCUCAACUACUCAAGGCUGCCACCAUCGAGAGACGGUCCAUGCCUCCCUCCAACUACAUCACACACACGGUCAGCGCUCCCAGCCUUCACGGGAAAACGGUUGACGAUACGUACAUGCAACUGAAGAAAGACCUGGAGUAUCUAGACUUGAAGGUGGUUGGAAGUCAGACAUUGAAAGAAGCAACGAGACCUGUCAGAGUAGCUGAGAGUGACGUGGAUGUUCAACUCAGUCGGUUAUGUGAGCAGGACAAGACCCUGAAGGAUCUGGAGGUCCGGAUCAGCUCACUGAAGGACGAUAAGGACAAGCUGGAGUCGGUGCUGGACGUGUCCCACCAACAGAUGGAGCUGUACAGAGACCAGGCGACCCACCUGGAGAAGAUAGCCUACCAGCAGAGACUCCUACAGGAGGACGUGGUGCACAUCAGGGCCGAGAUCUCCAGCGCGUCCACGGAGAUGGCCCGGGCCUGGGAGGACUACAGCAGGCUGGAGAGCUCUGUGGAGCAGUUGAGGGCCGUGCUACAGGCACACAUGAACCACAGCGCCACCCCUCAGCAGGAGAAAACAGAGAUAAAGCGGGAGCUGUGGAGGAUAGAGGACGUGAUGGCAGGACUGAGCUCCAGCAAAGCAAACUACAAGAUCACAAUCGACUCGGUGCAGAACCCAGAGAGGAAACUAGUGGCUUCAGUGUCGGACCCUGAGGUGCCUUCGCAGAGCGCGACACCCCCCGUAGGGGAGGUUAGGCCCCCUCCUCGCAGCUCCUACACGCUGCCUCACAACCCCGUGCCAAAAUGGGCAGAAGAUGAGGCUCCUCCCAGACCACCCCUGCCCAGCCUCUACGAUUAUGAAGACCCGCCCCCCGCCAUCCCACCCCUCCCCAAAGAGGCGUCGGUGGUAGUACGACACACGUCGGUUCGCGGGCUCAAACGCCAGUCAGACGAGAGGAAGAGAGACCGAGAGAGCGGAGGAUGUGUCAACGGAGACUUUAAAGUGGAGCUGCGGUCAUACCUGAGUGAACCAGAACUGCCAGGGACGGGCCAGAGCAGCACAGGGUCUGAGGGGGGCUACCAGACCCUCCCAAACAAAGGUCUGUCGGGCUCAUCGCCGAGGCUGAACCAGUCCAGUAACAUCUCCUCCUACGUGACCCUGAGGAGAGGGGCGGCCGCCUCUGCAGAGACGGAGAGACCUAAGAGUGCUUUGGAGCAGCUCUACUCCUCUGGCCAGCAGCCCCAGCCUCUGGCCCAGGCCCCCCGGGGCCGCAUGAGCGCAGAGGAGCAGCUGGAGCGCAUGAAGAGGCACCAGAGGGCCCUGGUGCGCGAGCGCAAGAGGAACCUCAGCCAGGGAGAACGCCACUCCAACACUGCUCAUCGUACCUCCUCCACCAGGGCUCUCUCCUCCACUGACCUGGGCUCAUGGAGGCAAGAGCAGGAGGACUUUGAUUUGCAGCUGGAGCAGAAAGCUCAGGUGGAAGAGCGACAGGUUGCCGAGGGCCAGAGCGACGAGGGGCGGAGCGAGCUGAAGGAAAAGAGGAUCCAAUCAGACGAGUGGCUCUCGGUGAUGGCCAUGCCCAUGAUGGCCAUGCCCAUGAGGGAGAUGGACAUGGAGCCCCUCGACUACGACCUGGAUCUCAGUCGUGAGCUUUCCAAGCCCCAAAAGGUGUCUAUCCCAGAGCGCUAUGUGGAGUCAGACCCAGAGGAGCCUCUGAGUCAGGAGGAGAUGGAGGAUCGUCAACGCAGAGCAGAACGCAUCAAGAACAUCCUGGCCAAAUCCAAUUUUCAGAACAUACACCCGUCGUCUGGCGUGUCUGUCCCACUGAACUUCACUGAUUUGGACUUAGCCAUGCGGCAGCAGGAGAGGAUCAUGACUGUGUCCCACGCCUUGGCCUCGGAAGCCUCCGUUAAGAGCAAGCAGUUCACAGCCAAAGCUCAGCUGAGCUCUGACUGACCGUUGACUAACAGACGCCAACAGGACCUCCGUGUGGAUGAAAACUGUGGAGUUCACUGACAAAAGUGAAGUGAUUUUGUAUUAGGCUUUUUAUUAGCGCUAAAACAAGAUGCUUUUUUAAAGAACCAAAAGGAGUUAUUUGAAACUCAGAGCAUUUGAAACCACACUGCGUGUACUUAAUGUUAAGGUUGUUUAUACAUGCUUUUGCACUUUUAUGGCGUGUGUGUAAUUAUUAACACCUACUAGUUUUUGCAAUGGAGAAUAAUUAGCUGUUUUUUUGCAGUGUGGUCUAUUUUCAACAGAAAUUAAGUUCAAAGCAAUGUUUUCUAAGGUUGCAGAUAGGGAUAUUUAUUUUGAGUAAUUAAAGAAGCUUGCACCAAAUGUUACUUUUUGUAGCUCAGCAAUGCAACCUAAUGCUUUGGCCAAUCAACUGUAUUGUGUAAUUUAAAAAGGAAAGAAACCAUACUGGUGUUUUAUUGAAAUAAAGGUUUUAACAAAACACGGUGUCUGUCUUU